AUGGCUACUGCUAGUAGUACGGCCUGGGGAUCUCACCGGCAGCAGUUCUCCGCCCUGCUAUCCUCGGCGGUCCUGGAAUGGGUGCUGAUCCUGCUCAUGCUGCUGGAGGGCCUGCUGUCCCGCCUGGCCACGGCGUUCGCGCGCCUCUGCAAGCUCCCGCCGCCCUGCCCGGCGUGCGCGCGGCUCGACGCCGUCCUCGGCGGGGCGCGCCCGGGCUCCUCCUACCGCGACCUCCUCUGCAGCUCCCACAGGGCGGAGGCGUCGUCGUCCUGGGCGUUCUGCCAUGACGGUGGCAUGGGCAUUGGGGACGUUUUGGGAGAUCGGCGCGUCGUUGACGACGAGAUCGAUCGUGUCGGGUACAGUGAGCUGAGGGCCUCCGACUCCGAGUCGGAGCUUAGAAGAAGGUCGCCGGAGGACGCCGCCGCCAUCCGUAGGCUGAAGGAGGAGCUUACUCUGGGCCAGGCGCAGACAAAGGUUGCAGAUAGCCUUCCUCUCAAGAUUCAGAAUGGUGGCCCGGAUAUUACACACUCUGAAGAUUCAAGGGAGCCGGGCAGCAUCGAGGCCGACAUUCAGUCAACUGAUCUUGCCACAAAUGAUGAAGAACCUCAUACCAAGGUUGCAGAUGGCUUUCUCCAAUCCGGGUUAACGCAAGUUCAGAGUGGCAGAUUACACUCUAAAGAUUCACACAACAUUCAGACAAGUGAUCUUCCAACAAAAGAUGAAGAACCUCGUACAGAUACACAAGAUCAUAAACCAGAAGAAGAAGAUGAGUGGCACAACGCUGAUGAUGGCGAGCCAUUUGAAACCAAAGCUGCAGCAGAUGAGCCGGAGCCUGAAUUUGCCGACAGAGCCACCACACGGCAGGAUUCCUUGAGAGUCCACCAGCACCUGAAGCUGCUGCUCUCGCAGCUCUCCGCUUCUUCGUCUUCUUUCCGGACGCCCGACAGCCCGAGCGUGCAGGAGCAGCAGCACGAGCAGGCCGUGCUGCGCAACAUCACCAGGGCGCUCUCCCUGCAGCGGAACUACUCGGGCGUCUCCGACGGCAGCGUGGUCGACACUGAAGCUGAGGAGUGCGGCACGGUUGAUGAGCUGAGGCGGCGGGUGGAGCUGGACCGCAGGUCCAUGGCGCUCCUGUGGAAGGAGCUGGAGGAGGAGCGCAGCGCGUCGGCCGUGGCGACCAGCCAGGCCAUGGCCAUGAUCACCAGGCUGCAGGAGGAGAAGGCGGCGAUGCGGACCGAGGCGGCGCAGUACCGCAGGGUCAUGGAGGAGCAGAGCGCGUACGAUCGGGAUGAAGCUGAGCGGCUGGCCGGCGUCGUGCGGGAGCUCGAGGCCGAGGUCGAGGGAUACAAGGCCAGGCUCAGGGACCACGAGAUCGUCGGCGAGAUCCGCGACCAUAUGCGGCUCCUUCCGUGCCAGACAGACGGCGAGACCGGCGGCGUACCCGUCUCCGGACCGGCCGGAGAGGAAUUCUCCGGCGACUCCGAGGACGACGAGAACGCGCGCGCCUGGAAGCAGCUGAGGGGGCUGACGGACAGGCUCCACCGGCUCUCGAACAACAGCAGCGGGAUUGUCCAAGAACCGGAGCCCACGGACGUCGAAGAAGAAGAAGAAGACGGCGACGGCGGCAAGGAGGAGGACACGACGGAACCUUCGGUGGUGGGGAGGCGCGUGAGGAACGGCGACAACUUCACGAAAUGGCAGCAUCUUCAGUCCAUCGAGACGACGAGCAAGGGCUCGACUCACGGCCACGGCCACCACGGACACGACGGUGGCGGCGAGGGUGACGACACGGCAGCACUGGAGGAGGAGAUCGGGGAGCUCAGCCGGCGGCUGCAGGCGCUGGAAGCGGACCGGAGCUUCCUGGAGCACAGCGUGAACUCGCUGAGGAACGGGAGGGACGGCGAGGCCGUGAUCCACGACAUCGCUCGCAGCCUCAGAGAGCUCCGGAAGACACUCGGAGAGGAUGCCAUUGCUAGCUGA